AUGUGUUCCUAGGGGUUGCAUGGCUCUGCUUGAAAGUUCAGAGACUCACACUCCCUCAGCACAGAGAUUAAAGGGGCUUGUCUGCAGCACUUGCAACAAGAGCUGUUCACAGUUCGCAACUUGCCCAAGAGGAGGGAUGAGUUGAUUUUUGCAGCUUUUGUAGUCGUGACUUUGGCAACUGUGUGGAAGUCUUGUUUGUUUUUUUGUUGGUUUUUUUUUCUUAAGUUUGCUGGUUUGUACUCCCACCAAGUAGAACAAAGUCUCUUUAGGACACGGCGGCCGUCCAAGUGCUUGUACGAGGAGGCAGGUGGGAGCGAGGCUCUGCUCUGACUUGUUUGAAGUUUGCUCUCGUGUCAAAGGUGAAGGAUUAUGUCUGGAACUGGAAUUUGGUCUUCAAAUUGAGGAAUACCAAAACUUCCUGGCAGCAUGUGAGUCCUUUUGUCUGUAGUGUGUGAUUCGGUUUGGGUACAGUGUCAUGCUAUUCCUCAGCAGUGGGACAGUGGAUGCUACAGUUGGCCAUCGGCAGCAGGGGAAAACCACUUACCACAUCUCUGGAAUAUUGAAGGAGACGCGAGGAGAUGACCCUGUCCCCGAGCUAGGAAUGGGCUGGGUGACACCCUGCACCUUGGUGGACGGUUGCAAGCCAGGAGACCAAAUCAUGGAGAACAGUCCCAUCCUCGACAGGUGGCCAUCCCUGAGAGCAGGAAGUCUACGCCAAGAUGUGGUGGUUGAGGAGAAUGAGGAGGAGGAGGAGGAGAAGGAGGAAGAGGUGGAGAGAAAAAUGAGGAGUGACGGGUUUAUGAGACAUCCCUCCGAGAGCUCAGGUAACUCCUCAGAGAUCAUCGAGACAGACGCCCGGACUUCGCACAACUACCGCGUCAGUGUCCACACCAGAAUACUGUCAUUUAGUGGAAAUGGCACCAUCACAGGGCACACGCUGCCUCGGGCUGUACCGCCCAGAUCACGUCAGGAUGAGGCCUCACUCGGCAGGAGGAGCAUGAGCAUGUAUGGCGAACCGGCGGAGCAGCAAAGUGAGCCCGAACCGGUUCGACUCCGGAGGCCAAGGAGCGUUUGCAUGCUUUCGGGCCCAGGCCCGGUCCUCGUGGAGCAGGGCAAGCAAAACUCCCUGAAAAGGACAGGCGUAGUGGAGGGUAGUCAGCUGUACAGGACCAGGAAGGCUGAGCUGAGGGUCGUGGAUGGUCUCAAUCCGGUUGUGGUUCACCAAGCCCCGGUUCCUGCUGAGGUAAUCCCCAGGGAGCGCCACAGAAGCGUGAAGACCAGGCCUCUUAGUAUGACUGUACUGGAGCUCAGGAAAAGGGCCUCUGACGACGACGUAAGCAGGCAGCAGAGCCACACAGGCCACGAUGGGGGAAACUUCCUGAAAGGAGCCUUCCGUUGGAGGUUAUUUGGGAAAAGCUCUCCCGAUAAGAACAAGGACAGCGAUGGUGACAAAUGUACCAAGUCGGCUUUAAAGUUUGUAAAAUCGGAUGCUCCGAAAAGCACGCUGAGCUCAUUGAGACGGAGCUUGAGUAUGCGCAUCCGGAGGACUCGGCCACGGGACAAGGUGACUCCAGGGUGUGAAGGGGCGACAAAGGAACUCUCUCAAGCCAAAACUGCUGACACCAUGCCUCCUCAGCCUUUCUCGUACCUCACGGGGAGAACGUUGCCAUCUUCCGAUGGGCAGGUUGUAGACGGCGGCAUGCAGUACAUCCAGUACCGCAGCAGGGGCAAGGUCAAGGUGAUGGAGGUACCCAUGUGCCCGACCAAAUUGACCAAACCAGCACAGGGGGAGCCCAGCAUUUGGCAGCUCAUAGCCAACCGCUUCAGGAGGAAAGAGCAGCUGGUCAAAUGCGAAUCGAAAGGCGAAGGCAAGCAUGUGAUGACUCUGAAUAAUAAGUCACUCCCUGUCGCCAUAGAGACCCUGGCAGACACAGAGUCUCAUAAAGGUCAAGACUCUUUUGUCAACAGCCAAGAAUGGACGCUGAGCCGGUCUGUGCCAGAACUGAAAGUGGGAAUUGUGGGGAAUCUGUCCAGCGGCAAGUCGGCCUUAGUCCACCGCUACUUGACAGGGACGUAUGUGCAGGAGGAGUCUCCGGAAGGUGGACGCUUCAAGAAGGAGAUCGUUGUGGACGGGCAGAGCUACCUCCUCCUGAUCAGAGAUGAAGGAGGACCUCCAGAGUUACAGUUUGCCGCCUGGGUGGAUGCGGUGGUCUUCGUCUUCAGUCUGGAGGACGAGAUCAGUUUCCAGACGGUCUACAACUACUUCCUGCGUCUGUCCAGCUACAGGAACGCUGCCGAGGUGCCCAUGGUCCUCGUUGGGACACAAGAUGCCAUCAGCGCUGCCAACCCCCGAGUUAUUGAUGACUCGCGGGCCAGAAAGUUGUCCAAUGACCUGAAGCGCUGCACGUACUACGAGACCUGCUCCACCUAUGGCCUCAAUGUAGAAAGAGUCUUUCAGGAUGUGGCUCAGAAGGUGGUGGCCAUGAGGAAAAAGCAGCAGCUCUCCAUUGGCCCUUGCAAGUCUCUGCCCAACUCGCCCAGCCACUCGUCAGUCCCCACGGCGUCCAUCCCCUCUGUUCACAUUAAUCAGGCGGCAAACGGCGGCUGCGCGUUCAACGACUACUCCUCCUCGGUCCCCUCCACCCCCAGCAUAAGCCAGCGGGAGAUGCGCAUCGAGACCAUCGCCGCCUCCAAUACGCCCACGCCCAUUCGCAAGCAGUCCAAGCGCCGCUCCAAUAUUUUUACAUCGCGGAAAGCCAGCGAGCAGUCAAAGAGCGUUGAGAGUAAGACAGACAGCAUAGGCAGUGGAAGGGCCAUUCCUAUCAAACAGGGAAUCCUCCUGAAGCGAAGUGGCAAAUCCCUCAACAAGGAGUGGAAGAAGAAAUACGUCACGCUGUGCGAUAACGGCGUCCUCACUUAUCACCCCAGCUUACACGACUACAUGCAGAAUGUGCAUGGGAAGGAGAUCGACCUGCUGCGGACGACGGUCAAAGUACCCGGGAAACGACCGCCGAGGGCGGUGGCCACCACCGUGGCCCCCACUGCUAGCCCCAAGACCAACGGGAUGACCAAAGACCGCAGCGCCCUGCAGCUAGGCAUCGGCAACACAGGCGCCUCGCACUCCAACAGCAGCUCGUCCCUGCAGACGGGCGCAUCCUUGUUUGGCAGCAGCAAGGACGGAAUGCACCAGCGUUCCUUCUCCGUUUCCAGCACUGACCAGUGGAACGACGCGAUCAACACCAGUACGAGCAGCGCCGCCCCCAACGGAACGAGCGACCCAGCCAGUUGCAGUGCGGGCAGCGCCACGAGUCCUAAGCUAGAUCCACCUCCCUCGCCGCACGCCAACCGCAAGAAACACAGACGGAAAAAGAGCACGGGCAUCACCAAGCCUGACAGUCUAGCUGCAGGAAAUGAAGAACAAGAAGAUUCCUUCGAGUUCAUCAUCGUGUCGCUGACGGGUCAGACGUGGAACUUUGAGGCAUCCACGUACGAGGAGCGCGAGCUCUGGGUGCAGGCCAUCGAGAGUCAAAUCUUCGCCAGCCUGCAGUCAUGUGAGAGCAUCAAGAAUAAGUCUCGAUUAGGCAGCCAGAGCGACGCCAUGGCCAUCCAAUCCAUACGCAACGUGAGGGGCAACAGCUUCUGUGUGGACUGCGAUGCAGCGAAUCCGGACUGGGCCAGUCUGAACCUGGGCGCCCUGAUGUGCAUCGAGUGCUCGGGCAUCCACAGGAACCUGGGCACCCACCUGUCGCGUGUGCGCUCCUUGGACCUGGACGACUGGCCCGUGGAACUCAGCAUGGUCAUGACGGCCAUCGGCAACUCCAUGGCCAACAGUGUCUGGGAAGGCGCCUUGGAGGGCUACAGCAGGCCAGCCAGCGACAGCACCAGGGAGGACAAGGAGCGCUGGAUCCGAGCCAAGUACGAGCAGAAAAUGUUCCUGGUGGGGCUGCCCCAGUCGGACGUGCCCCUGGGCCAGCAGCUGCUGAGGGCAGUGGUGGAGGAUGACCUGAGGCUGGUGGUGGUGCUGCUGGCCCACGGCACCAAGGAAGAGGUCAACGAGACGUACGGAGACGGCGAUGGCCGCACGGCGCUACACCUCUCGUGCGCCAUGGCCAACGUGGUCAUCACGCAACUCCUCAUCUGGUACGGCGUGGACGUGAAGAGUCGCGACGCGCGCGGCCAGACGCCGCUUUCGUACGCCCGACGAGCCGGCAGUCAGGAGUGCGCCGACAUCUUGCUCCAGCACGGCUGCCCCAACGACGCCGGCGGCCCCACGACGGCACCGUCCAACAUCAGCAACCGCAACGCCAACCCCAACAUCAACAACAACGCCCAGUGUGAGCUCAACCGCAGCAUCAGCAUCAUGUAGAGAGCCCCGCCCCUGAACGCCCCUCCCCCCACCUCGUUUCACAAGACACUGCGUAUUCACAACAGAGACAUGUCAGGAUGGGACGGAUGCUUUGUAAAGUUUGUUUUUAUUCUUUUUUUAUUAUUGGUCUGAGAUGAUUAUGAAAAGCUUUAAGUUUUUUUUCAUUUGUUUGUUUGUUUUUAAUCCACACCAGUGAAUUACUGACAUCCCCCUGAAAGUGUUCCCCUCAUGCAAGGAUGGGGAAGCUUUUCUGUCGUUCAGAAAUGUCCUCCGAAGGCCUCGUGCAAUUUAAGAUGUGCUAACAAGUGUUUAUUGUCGCAUAACGUGAGCACUGACUUACUCUGAAGUUUUGUUUGUUCCCAGAAUUGCAUGUUGGGUCCGGUGAAGCUCACAUGUAAUGUGUCGCUUAGCUUCUUGUGUCAUUUCCUGUUAAAUUCUCAUCUCGGAACAAAAUGUGUCGCUGUCCAAUGAAAAGCACGUGUCGCCAUAUUUACUUUUUAGCAGAAAAUCCAAGCUUGAUUUUCACAAAAAGUUUCUUUCAAGCAAAAGGGUCAUGUGAAUGUUUUUUUUUCUUUUUUCAAAAACGACUAAAUGAAUAUUUGAAAUUGAGUUUUGGAGAAAAAGAAAAUAGGAAAAGUAAUUUUGCGAUAUUCCAUUUUUAUUUCUUCAGAAAUUGAGGUUAAAAAUUCUGAUUGAAAUUGAGGGGAAAAAAACUUCCCAUGAAAAAUGUCUUCAAAUCCAAACCUCAAGUUUCUAUUUUUUUUUCCAUAAAUCCAGUUUGGAAUUUUAAUUCCCAAUUCAAAUUUUGGGGGUGUUUCUUCAAUUCAUAUUCCUUUUUACUCUUUUUACUAGGAUGAACAUAUUUUGUUCACAAAUGUAAAUGACAAAAUAAUUUCUCAAAUCGAAGUUGUUUUUUUUUUCUUACUUUGGCGGAACAUACGUUUCCGGAAAACUGUAUAGUAACAAAAUUCCAGUUCACUAUUACAUAUUAUGAGCUAUUAUUUACUCUAAGGUUGUUAUGAAUUGAAUAAUAAUGUUGCCCAGCCCUUCCCACAUGUUUGACCAUUUUACAAUAUUUAAUUCAAGUUUGCCACAUGAAUGAAAAAGUUCCACUUCCAGACCAUGCAAAUAAUUGCUCAGCAAAUCCAGUAUUCUUUGACCUGCUAUUCGUGAAAUGCCGACAAAGCAAUUUGGAGUCAAAGCACGCAAAUGAUAGCGACAUAAAGGAGGUGAUUGCAUCUUCAAUCACAUUUCAUUCAUGUCGAUUUCGAGCGUGACAAUUGCGCCAUUAUGACAUCUUUGUGGGAACAAACUCUCGAUUCUCUCAACCGUUGUUUGACAGAGGAUUUCAAGUAAUCCUUCACCGUCUGUCUUUUACUAGUCUGGCUAUGAACUACGCAACCGUGCCUGGGAUGAGACCGAACACACUCAAGCGGGCUGUCGACAUCGUCAUUCUCCGCGUACUUCAACACGUCUGAUUGAGCACCUGUCGGCCUAAAAAUUAUGCGUUCAAGGGAGCGAUGAGACUUUUUAUCCGAUCAGUUCAUAUGCGAUGAUCGGGUUGCCACUGUGAUCAGAAUUGCAUUUACCCUUGUCGUGACUUGCCUUCGUAAAGCUUUUAAAGCGAUGAAAGGGUUUUUCUCAUGGCAAUCAUAUUUGUUUACAGAGUUUUAAACUUGGAACUUCAGACUCAUUUGCAGUAUUCACAAUGGGUUUUUUUUUGGUGCUUUUUUUGGGCAUUUUUGCGUAAAAAUAUAAUUCUUCAACGUGCGCAGGUCCACCUUGUUGCAUUACAUCAGGAACAUGCAAAAAAAAUGCAGCUUGAGUUUUAGCUUAAUUUUUAUGUAAUUUACGAUAAAAUUAUUUUUUGGGAAGGUAAUAUAACAUCCCUAUCCAAUGAAAAACACGCAUCUCCAACAUUUGAUUUGUAAUUUUUGGUUUUACCCCCAAACGUUUGUUGGAAAAACAAUUUCGGGACCAUAACUGAGUUUUCUUCUAUCAAUUUUCUUCACGUUCCAGUCACUAAUCUGAAAUGAAAUGUAAUUUGGAAACUUUUUUUUUUUUGCCCCCAAAAAUAUUUUUCAAAUUUCACUUUUUCAGUUUUGAAAAAAUAAUCACAAUAGCUUGACCUUUUUAUUCUUCUUUUUUUAUUCUAAUAUUUUUUUUCAGAAUUGAACUUGAAAUGCUGAAAUUCUAUUUGAUUUUCUUUUUUUUUCUUUUUUAUCUUUUUUUGUUUCUGAAAUGGAGAUACGUGUUUUUUGUUCAGCAGUGAUGAUUAUCGCGGCUUUGUAGAACAUAAAAACGAAUCCGUUCUUGGCAUUAUAGAGUCCCAAUGACAAGAACCAGGUCUGCUCUAAACUAAACGGAACAGUUGCGAUCGUUUGUGUCGAACAUGCCGAACAGGAGAGACUAUUUUCAAGUGUUUUUCUCCAGCACACUUUUAUUCUGAAAUCUGAAGCUGACCAGCCACUGAUUGCAUUGUAGAUGUAGUUCAACCAUGUACUGUAAUCCUGGCCUUACUGCCUUGAUUGAGCCGCCUUCACUUGUUAGAAGUAGUCUCGAUUCCAAUUUAGGAGUAAAGUAGAAAAGCCCUUCGCACAACAUGAAAAGUGUUGCACAUACAGUACUCGCUGCAAAUAAUCUUCGAGAAACGAUGACGAAAACCGCUUUUGGGUCAAAAAGCCUCUUGAACCACAAGCCAUAUUUUUUUUUCCAGAUGUUGCGAUUUUUCUUGUUGUUUCUCUAUUGUCGCUUUUUUUUCCUAUGAUUAUAAUGGUACUCGCAUUUGGUCACAACAUGACCAUCUUUGGUACUUGUGUAUAAAUGAUGUACAUUUGACAUAUUUAUAAUGCAGUAUGUAAAUAUAUUUUUUUUAUUAUUAUUUUGAGUUGAUUUCUCGUGUUUUUCCGUUUGACGUUGAGAAGGUGCAGCGAAGAAGCUAAAGAGUAACUUGUUUGUGUGCUUGGCUGAUUGUUGACCCAUUAAUAAAUAUUCAAUAAAACCAUGUAGCCUUCCCUUCUUGUGGGGGAAAAACACA